CUACCCCCUUUUGUUAUCCUCCUAGCCGUACCUAUAAACAUAUCGCCCAAGUCACUCGUUUUAAACUUGCGCGAAACGGCCGGGUAUUAAUGAUCACGAUCGCUCCUGUCCUUCGCUAGAGACAGUCAUAAUACCUUAAUCUAAUACGCCUUUUUCACCAAGAUGCGCAGCUCACUCGUGAGCCUUGGCGCUCUCGCGCUCGCUAGCACGUCUGAUGCCUUGUCUAGGCGUUGGGAAUAUCCCAACUGCGAAGCCGAUAACUGCUACCGCAACUUUAUCGAUGUGCGGUUUGAACGCUUGGCACCUCAGUUUUGUUUGAGCUUUUUGGCCAGCACCACGACUGAGGCUGCCGCCAUCCCGACCGAGUUCCAAAACUGUGAUGGAGACAUCAAAGCUGUUUCGUCUGCUUGCUCGUGUAUCACGUACACUUACACGCACACGGCGACCAGCACUUCAAGCUUGGCAACGCCGACGUCAACGUCUUCAGAUGUCUUUACGUACCCCGUGAGCAGCACGUCGUCCACGCCGACCUACCCCGGCUAUCCAACCUACCCGGGCAGCUCCACCUCAAGCUACGAGAUUAGCAGCACGUCGACUUCGUCUUCAUCCAAAGGGAGCUCUACUCCCAAGUACCCGACCUACCCGACCCACCCAACCUACCCUAAUAGCUCCAUCUCAAGCUACGAGGUUAGCAGCACGUCGACUUCGUCUUCAUCCAAAGAGAGCUCUACUCCCGGGUACCCGACCUACCCGACCUACCCGACCUACCCAACCUACCCUAAUAGCUCCACCUCGAGCAGCAAAGCCAGCAGCACUUCGACUUCUUCGUCGUAUGAAGAGAGCUCCACUCCAGGUUAUCCGACUUAUCCUGUUAGUUCCACGUCAAGCUCCGCGGCUAGCACUCAACCUCGAGCGAGAAAGCUAGCAGCACUUCGACUUCUUCAUACGAAGAAAGCUCUACCACACCGGGCUACCCGACCUAUCCGACCUAUCCUAUCAGCUCAACCUCGAGCGAAAAAGCCAGCAGCACUUUGACUUCUUCGUAUGAGGAAAGCUCUACUACGCCAGGUUACCCGACGUAUCCAGUGAGUUCUACUUCUAGCUCGAAGGCCACCAAGUCUUCCACCUCAUCCUCGUCCGAGGUGAGCUCUACGCCGAGCUACCCGACCUACCCAACCUACCCCGUUAGCUCCACUUCAAGCUACGAGGCUAGCAGCAGCACUUCAUCGUCGUAUGAAUCUAGCUCCACCUUAGGAUAUCCAACGUAUCCGAUCAGCUCUACCUCGGGCUCCAAGGCUACCAGCAGUGAGACUUCCUCUACACCAGGAUAUCCAACUUAUCCGGUUAGCUCUACUUCAAGUUCCAAGGCCAGCAGUAGCAGCGCGACUUCAUCCU